AAUGGUAUUGAAACAAUGUGGAAAAAGAUAUAUUAACAUUACGGGCAAACUUGUGUUUUUUGCAACCUUAUUUAUUCUUAUGGUCCAACUCACAUAUCUUCAUACGUAUAAAACGGAAAAAAAUCGAGCAGAUCUGACAAGACUUUUAGCUAUGAAACCGGAAGAUAAGGACAAAAGGGAACCGAUUUCAGCAGGAUCAAAUGAAUUAGAAGUAGACCCACGUGAGAAUAUACCACCACUGAGAUUCUUCCCUGAUAUGUUCUUUAAACCCCCUCACCAGCCACUGAUAUACGGAAAGCCAAGACAAAAGAAAGGAUAUUUGACGAUUGCAAUACCAUCUGUUCAUCGACCAAACACGGAGAGAAUAUAUUUGUUUGACACUCUUGACUCAAUAUUCGAAAAGAUGCCUGAGGCUGAACACCACCAAAUUACUAUUGUUGUAAUGGUUUCAGAUACAAAUAAGACUUACAACAAUCAAGUAUCUGCUCAAGUUUACAGCCGCUAUAAAGCGUUUUGUGAUAUCGGAACAAUUCAUGUCAUCCAAACGUCUGAUUGUAUAUAUCCGGAUUUAAAUAAUGUACGGAAGACCUUUAAUGAUUCGCAGACGAGAUUAAAAUGGCGGGCAAAACAGAACAUUGAUUUUGCAUUUUUAAUGCUCUACAGUAGGAAUUUAUCGGAUUACUAUAUUCAAUUGGAGGAUGAUGUUGUAGUCGCAACAGAUUUUAUUCAGGAAAUCCGAGAUUUUAUUUCAGCGUUACAAAAGGACUGGUUUUUGUUAGAAUUUUCUCGACUAGGAUUUAUCGGGAAGUUGUUCAAGUCUACAGAUUUAAAGUUCCUAUCGAGUUUUCUCUUGAAGAAUUAUGAUCUAGCUCCAUGCGAUCUAUUACUUGGUUCAAUGAGAGUUGAAAAGGGACAGAAAAAACCUAUCCAUUCAAAUUAUAGUCUUUUUCAGCAUAUAGGAAGAUUUUCAUCCUUAAAGAACAAAUUAAUGCCUUCUAUUGACAAUAAGUUUAAAGACAAUAUUGGAAUUGAUUUGUUAAUAGAUUUACCUAAGGGCGAUAAUCCACCUGCCACUGUAAACACUUCCAUGGAAGCGUAUGAAGACAAUUUACCUCAACAUGCUUAUGACAGUGACAAUACUACGUUCUUUUGGGCAAAAACACCGAAGAAAAGAGAUCAUUUUACACUUUUAUUUGAAAAGCCCUAUAAUUUUUCUAGAAUAAUAAUAAUGACAGGUGUGUUAGAAACGAGAAAGGAUUCUUUCCGUUCAUCAGUCUUAGUGUAUUCAGAGUCUAGAGAUUUUGGAGUGUUGACUAAUAACACGUCAUGUGGAAAUAAGUUUAAAAAACUUGCUGAUCUUGUAGAUGGAGACAUUGACACAAAGGCAACUGGAACAACUAUUCCUGAUAAUAUCAACUGUUUAAGAAUUUAUGCAACUAAGGCAGCAAAGAACUGGGUAGUUUUUAGAGACAUCCAAUUGUUCUUGAAACAUGAAGUCUAAUGUUGAUACAUGAAGUAAAACUUAUAGCAACUUGUAAAUAUUAUUUGAUAUAUGCAGGGCUAUGCUUAUUUUGCACCAAGUUCAAUUCAAUACUACCAUGAAAGUUAUGUUUUUAUCCCCUUAUUAUUUAUAAUCAUAUCUUUGUCAAUUCUGUAAUCAGGUAUUUAUCAACUAUUUACACACGCUUAAAAAGCUUUGCAGAGUUUAGAAUAAAGCAAUAUUAAGUAUCCUUUUAUGAACAGUUAAGUUGACCAAAUUGAUAUAUUGCAGUGUUGAAAAUGAGGACAAAGAUCAACAAGGUAAGGCGACGUUUUCAGAACGCGGCCCUGACAUAAUCCAAUCACACCAGCGAACACCCAGAAAGCACCGGCCUGAAAACGGGAAGUCGUGUCCUGUUCUCUUUUGGCUUCUUGAAUACAUUUUAGUCAGACUGAAAUAACUUUAAUUCACGUCUUUAAUAUUGGUGUACAACAUACAAUGUAUAUUUACAUUAAAAUAAAUAUGUUUAAUGGA